GAGACCAAGGCGCGCUUCGAGUGGCAGCACAUGCUCAACAACGUCCUGUCGGGCAACGUCCUCAAGUCGGAGAAGACGCGCCUGUCGACCGCCUCCCUCUCCGGCCGACGACAACGCGCCUACGCCAUCUGGCUCCUCCUGCGCGCCAAGGUCCGAGGUCGCACCGCCGACGAGGAGUCGCGUUUCCUCGAGGAAGCGCGAGCCCGUGUCGACGACGUGAUCGACGAGGUCGCCAAGUUCCGCGUCGUCGACCUGCAGCAGGAGGACGGCGGCAUCGAGAUCGACAGCGCGACCCGUCAGCGCAACGCCGCCGACCAAGUCGCGAGCCUCCUCAAGCGCGUCGACUGGUGCGAGUCGCUGUGGCCCUCGCGCCGGGCCCUGUCGCUCGAGAAGGAGCGCUUCACCGAGGACGAGAUCGUGCGCCGCCUCGACGCCCUGCGCACGUGGCAGCAGAUCACGCGUCGCCUCAAGGUGACGGUCGGCAUCCUGCGCAAGUGGACCGGCGGCGAGUGGGAGAAGCUGUCGGCGCCGGCGAGCGUCGAGGAGGGCGCAGGCGCCGCCGGCUCGGGCGCCAGCGGCUCGACGCCGCCGCCAGGCCUGUACGCCGCCGGUGCGGCCGGUCCGCCCGGCACCGAGCGCGGCUUCGUCGCCGUCAUCGUCCGCGAGGACUCGCUGUCGCGCACGUUCGAGAAGCGCAUCCUCACGGAUCUCGCGACCCUCGUCGACACGGCCAAGGCGGCCGUCAUCGAGCUCCAGACGUCGUUCACGGCCAUGAACCUGCCCGGCUUCACCGACGACCUGUCGCGGCUCGCCAUCUUCCCGUCUCGCCUCGCCCAGGAGGCGCUCCGCACCACGCUCGACUCGGUCGCCAACGUCCACGACCCGACGGUCGUCCUCAUCGACCAGCUCACCAACGACCUGCGCAAGGGCCUCGAGGUCGCGUGCCAGAUCAAGCGCCAGUACACCGAGCUCGCCACGCCCGACGCCGAGGCCGGUUGGGCCCUCCCCGAGCGCGUCGAAGGGUACGAGGAGACGCUCCUCGCCACCUUGCGCUUCUUCUUCAAGCUCCUCCACUGGAAGCUCAAGAGCCCGUCCAAGGCCAUCUACUUCAAGGAGACCGAGAUCGUCGAGAACGAGUGGGGCUUCCUGUCGGGCGUGACCGAGGAAAUCGACGGCGGCGACUUGCUCGUCGGCGAGCACUUCAGCACCCUCACGCAUCGCCUACUCGCCCGCAUCAUGAGCUACUUCGAGACGCAGCUCCAGGUCCUCGAGACGCGCGACAUGACCGUCCAAGAGGCGUCAAGGUGGUUCAGCCAGACGCUCGACAACGUGCGCGCCCGGCACCGCAAGCUUCUUCGGUUCGGCCGGUCCAUGCUCCUCCGCUUCGAGAACUCGGCCGAGUACACGCUCGACAACAUCCACCUGCGCACCUUCAUCGACGCCCUCGUCGCCUCGGACCACUUCAUGAUCUACACCGGCGUGUACGAGGGCGAGGGCACCUACGUCAUCGGCGACCCGUCGCUCCACGAGCACCCCGAGCUCGUGCGCCAGAUCCUCGUGCGGUGCUUCUCGAACGAGACGCAGGGCGACGCGCCCGAGUCGCCCGACCACCCGAUGCACUACGUCCUCCUCAUCACGCCGCGCGAGGGCUUCAUGUGGACCGGCAAGGUCAUGAACCUCGAGCUCGGCGCCAAAGUCGACUUCGACCUGCGCGAGAAGCGCGUUCGCGUCGUCUCGGACGGUCCCGCCCAGCGUCUCGCCCGCUCGAAGCGCACCUUCGUCGACAUGUUCCCUGCCUUCCGCCACAACGUCAUCGUCGAGCAGAAGGCGCACCUCGCGAGCGUCAACCGCGAGACGCGCAAGAUCGGCCGCGCCAUCUACCGCCUCGCCGAGACGGUCCUCGGCUCGUUCGAGCGGGUCCGGGCCGUCACGUUCCGCCGAGCGGGCCAAGGACAGGAGCUCCUCGGCGGGUACUUCACGUUCACGGCCGACCUCGGCACGCGCAGCUUGCGGUACCUCGAGCCGCCGCUCCGGGGCCGGUUCCUCGUCGCCCUGAUGAAGCUCUCGAUCCAGUGGAUCGCCUUCAUCUGCGACGACUGUGUCCCAACGGACCCUCGCACGUUCAAGUGGGCCGUCGCCGCCCUCGAGUACGCGCUCAGCAUGAACAAGAACGACAACAUCCUCAAGUUCUCCGACGCCGAGUUCGCCCUCCUGCGGUCCAAGGUCGCGAGCUGCAUGACGCUGCUCAUCUCGCACUUCGACAUCCUCGGCGCAAGGUCGAGCUACGAGGCCAAGAAGGAGCAGGACCGCAUCGACGCCGCCCGCCUCGUCACCAAGGAGCAGCUCGCGACCCGGCUCGCGACCCUGCGCGAGACGAGGCGCAAGACCGAGGACGAGGACGACGCGUCGAGUGUCGGGUCGCUCCAGAUGGCGUGGGAGCAGCGCAUGGAGGCGCUCAAGCCGCUCGAGGACGCGCGCGCGAGCAUCGAAGCCGGCGGGCGCGUCGUCGGGCGCGUCCUCGACCACAACCUCGCCGAGGACCGCUCGCUCGCCUUCCUCGCGUCGUCGAGCCUGUCCAACAUCUCGAUCCGGUGGCAGCAGGGCAAGUUCAUCGGCGGCGGCACGUUCGGCAACGUCUACCUCGCCGUCAACCUCGACUCGGGCGAGGAGCUCGCCGUCAAGGAGAUCCGGUUCCAGGACCUCCAGUCGGCGCCCAACCUCGUCAAGACGAUCCGCGACGAGAUGAAGGUCAUGGAGAUGCUCCGCCACGACAACAUCGUCACGUACUACGGCAUUGAGGUCCACCGCGACAAGGUCUUCAUCUUCGAGGAGUACUGCCCCGGCGGCAGCCUCGCCAACCUGCUCGAGCACGGCCGCAUCGAGGACGAGAUCAUCAUCCAGAUCUAUGCGCUCCAGAUGCUGUCGGGCCUCAUCUACCUGCACUCGCAGAACGUCGUCCACCGCGACAUCAAGCCCGACAACAUCCUCCUCGACGGCAACGGCACAAUCAAGUACGUCGACUUUGGCGCCGCCAAGGUGCUCGCCAAGAAUCAGAAGACGCUCGCCUCGCGGUCGCGCAUGAGUACUGGCGCGCCGGCCGUCUCGGCCGACGGCGUCGCAGCGCCUGCCGACGCCAACUCGCUCACGGGCACGCCGAUGUACCUCUCGCCCGAGACGGUCAAGGGCGAGCGCCGGGGCAAGAUGGGCGCGAUGGACGUGUGGGCGGUCGGCUGCGUCAUCCUCGAGUGCGCGACGGGCAGGAGGCCGUGGAGCAACCUCGACAACGAGUGGGCCAUCAUGUUCCACAUCGGCAUCGCCGUACAGCACCCACCUCUUCCCGAACCGCACCAACUCUCCGAGCUCGGCAUCGACUUCAUCCGCCAGUGCCUGCACAUCGACCCCGAGCAGCGCCCGACCGCCGAGGAGCUCAUGACGCACCCGUGGAUCAUGGAGGCGACCGAGCAGAUCAACCUCGCGUACGAGCAAGAGUCGGGCCCGACGAGCAGCCUGCGCAGCAACGGCUCGACGUCGUACAGCGGCGAGACGGCGGCUUCGUCGGCGUACGAGGACAACCAGGCGGCGUACGGCCAGCAGCCGGACGCCAUCGUCGAGGAGGAGGAGCCCGAGGAGUACGAGGAGGACUAUGUCGCGCGCGACGAGGAGGAAGGCGGGUUCGAUGGUCAGGACGGCGGCGAGGAGCAGUCGCCCUCUACCGAUUGAGCAGCUGUAGAUACACGUCCCUUCUCUCGGCAGCCUCGCCCUUGGUGUGCAUUGUUGUACUCUUUCGC